AGUGGAGUGAGAACCCCUGGGGCCCAUGUCAGCUUCCCUCAGUGCCUGGCCCAGCCUGGGCACAGCACAUGGAUGGGGCAGGACGCUGGCCACCCCGCCCCCCUGCCCGCUGAGAGCGCUGGCUCCUUCUCAGGGCCUUUGUGGGAGGGGGGAGGGGGACCAGGCCUGCCCACAGAGUCCACCUUCUGCUCUAGCUGGAGGAGAGUCCUGCAGGGAUCCUGGCUGGGGAAGGUGCAGUGGGCCUGGGAGACCGACUCUCCCAGGCAGUGACACCCUCACCCUUCUGUCCACCACCCCCAACCUCCCCUGCAGAGGGUGGCAGCCCCAGGCUCUUUGCGUAAUCCUGUGGCUUUGCUGUCUUCACCCAGCACCAGCGGACAGGGAAGGGCAGAGAAGGCCACCAUGGCGACACUCCUCUCCCAUCCGCAGCAGCGCCCUCCCUUCUUGCGCCAAGCCAUCAAGAUAAGGCGUCAAAGAGUCAAAGAUCUACAGGAUCCUCUGCCCCAAACGGCCCCAGAGAUCCAGCCUCCAUCCCACCACUUCUCCCCAGAACAGCGGGCCCAGAUCUAUGAGGACGCGCUCUACACGGUCCUGCACCGCCUCGGUCAGCCUGAGCCCAACCAUGUGACAGAGGCCUCUGAGCUGCUGCGAUACCUGCAGGAGGCCUUCCACGUGGAGCCGGAGGAGCACCAGCAGGCACUGCAGCGGGUCAGGGAGCUUGAGAAGCCAACAUUUUGUCUGAAGGCAACAGUGAAACAGGCCAAGGGCAUUCUGGGCAAAGAUGUCAGUGGGUUCAGCGACCCCUACUGCCUGCUGGGCAUUGAGCAGGGGGUGGGUGCACCAGGGGGCAGCCCUGGGUCCCGGCGGCGGCAGAAGGCUGUGGUGAAGCACACCAUCCCUGAGGAGCAGACCCACCGCACGCAGGUUGUCACGCAGACGCUCAACCCUGUCUGGGACGAGACCUUCAUCCUGGAGUUUGAGGAUAUCACCAAUUCAAGCUUUCAUCUGGACAUGUGGGACCUGGACACCGUGGAGUCUGUCCGACAGAAGCUUGGGGAGCUCACAGACCUGCAUGGGCUUCGCAGGAUCUUUAAGGAGGCCCGGAAGGACAAAGGCCAGGACGACUUUCUGGGGAAUGUGGUUCUGAGGCUGCAGGACCUGCGCUGCCGAGAGGACCAGUGGUACCCCCUGGAACCCCGCACUGAGACCUACCCAGACCGAGGCCAGUGCCACCUCCAGUUCCAGCUCAUCCAUAAGCGGAGAGCCACCUUGGCCAGCCGCUCGCAGCCCAGCUACACAGUGCACCUCCACCUUCUGCAGCAGCUUGUGUCCCACGAGGUCACCCAGCACCAGGCAGGCAGCACCUCCUGGGACGGAUCGUUGAGUCCCCAGGCUGCCACCGUCCUCUUUCUCCAUGCCACACAGAAGGACCUGUCCGACUUCCACCAGUCCAUGGCGCAGUGGCUGGCCUACAGCCGCCUUUACCAGAGUCUGGAGUUCCCCAGCAGCUGCCUCCUGCACCCCAUCACCAGCAUCGAGUACCAGUGGAUCCAGGGCCGGCUCAAGGCAGAACAGGAGGAAGAGCUGGCUGCCUCAUUCAGCUCCCUGCUGGCCUACGGUCUCUCCCUCAUCCGGAGGUUCCGCUCCGUCUUCCCCCUCUCUGUCUCGGACUCCCCAGCCCGGCUGCAGUCUCUCCUCAGGGUCCUGGUACAGAUGUGCAAGAUGAAGGCCUUCAGAGAGCUAUGCCCCAACACUGCCCCGUUGCCCCAGCUGGUGACUGAGGCCCUGCAGACUGGCACCACUGAAUGGUUCCACCUGAAGCAGCAGCACCAUCAGCCCAUGAUGCAGGGCAUGCUGGAGGCAGGCAAGGCCUUGCUAGGCCUGGUACAGGACAUCAUUGGCGACCUGCACCAGUGCCAGCGCACGUGGGACAAGAUUUUCCACAAUGCCCUCAAGAUCCACCUCUUCCCCAUGGCUUUCCGGGAGCUGCAGUGGCUGGUGGCCAAGCGGGUACAGGACCACACCACAGCUGUGGGCGAUGCGGUGUCCCCAGAGAUGGGCGAGAGUCUGUUUCAGCUCUACAUCACCCUCAAGGAGCUUUGCCAGCUGUGCCCAAGCUCCUCGGAGAGGGAUGGAGUCUUGGCCCUGGAGAGUUUCCACCGCUGGUUCCAGCCAGCCAUCCCUUCCUGGCUGCAGAAGACGUACAGCGUGGCCCUGGCACGGGUGCAGCGCGCUGUGCAGAUGGAUGAGCUGGUGCCCCUGGGUGAACUGACCAAGCACAGCACAUCCGCGGUGGAUCUGUCCACCUGCUUUGCUCAGAUCAGCCACACCGCCCGGCAGCUGGACUGGCCGGACCCAGAGGAGGCCUUCAUGAUCACUGUCAAGUUUGUGGAGGACACCUGUCGCCUGGCCCUGGUAUACUGCAGCCUUAUAAAGGCUCGGGCCCGCGAACUCUCUUCAGGCCAGAAGGACCAAGCCCAGGCAGCCAACAUGCUGUGCGUGGUGGUGAAUGACAUGGAGCAGCUGCGGCUGGUGAUUGGCAAGCUGCCUGCCCAGCUGGCAUGGGAGGCCCUGGAGCAUCGGGUAGGGGCUGUGCUGGAGCAGGGGCAGCUGCAGAACACGCUGCAUGCCCAGCUGCAGAGCGCACUGGCCGGGCUGGGCCACGAGAUCCGCACUGGUGUUCACACCCUGGCCGAGCAGUUGGAGGUGGGCAUCGCCAAGCAUAUCCAGAAACUCGUGGGCAUCAGGGAGUCUGUCCUGCCUGAGGAUGCCAUUCUGCCCCUGAUGAAGUUCCUGGAGGUGGAGCUUUGCUACAUGAACACCAACUUGGUGCAAGAGAACUUCAGCAGCCUCCUGACCCUGCUCUGGACCCACACGCUCACAGUGCUGGAGGAGGUGGCUGCCUCCCAGCGCAGUUCGUCCCUGGCCUCCAAAAGGCUGAAGAUUGCCCUGCAGAACCUGGAAAUCUGCUUCCAUGCUGAGGGUUGUGGCCUGCCACCUGAGGCCCUGCACACAGCAACUUUCCAGGCUCUGCAGAGGAACCUGGAGCUGCAGGCAGCAUCCAGCCGGGAGCUCAUCCGGAGGUACUUCUGUGGCCGAAUCCAGCAGCAGUCAGAAACCAUCUCUGAAGAGCUGGGGGCUGUGACAGUCAAGGCCUCCUACCGCACCUCCGAGCAGAAGCUGCAUGUGGAGCUGCUCAGCGCCUCCAGCCUGCUGCCCCUGGACUCCAACGGCUCCAGUGACCCCUUUGUCCAGCUGACCUUGGAGCCCAGGCAUGACUUCCCUGAGCUGGCCGCUCGGGAGACCCAGAAGCACAAGAAGGACCUUCACCCAUUGUUUGAUGAGACCUUUGAAUUCCUGGUGCCUGCUGAGCUGUGCCGCAAGCCUGGGGCAUGCCUCCUGCUCACCGUGCUGGACUACGACACACUGGGGGCCGACGACCUGGAAGGGGAGGCCUUUCUGCCGCUGUGUGAGGUGCACGGGCUGAGUGGCUCUGAGGAGCCUGGUGAGGUGCCUCAGACCCGCCUGCCCCUCACGUACCCCGCACCCAAUGGGGACCCAAUCUUGCAGCUGCUGGAGGGCCGGAAGGGUGAUCGAGAGGCCCAGGUUUUUGUGAGGCUGCGGCGGCAGCGGGCCAAGCAGGCCUCCCAGCAUGCCCUGUGGCCUGCACUGUAGCUGUGGAGGUUUGCAGUGAGGCCAGGUACCUGGUGGGGACCUGCAAGGGCUUACCUGAAAGGUCUGAGGCUUCCCCGCCACAGCACAGCCCUCCAGCCUGGCCUAACACUUAAGGAGCCCCAGUAUGCAGACCUCCUCCCUGCCUCCCACAGUGAUGAUGGCUCAGCAGAGAUAUCUCUACUCCGCCUCCCUGCUGCCAGCCCUGGCUGCAAUUUCUCCGCCACCUCCCAGCACCAGGGGAAGCAAACCCUGCCCCUGCCCACCUCUCGGAAAACCUGCUCUGGUGGACAGGGGAUCUGGCCAUCCGUCUCCUGGUCUUCCUGUUCCACCUAUUGGGGUGGGGGCCAGGUUCACUGGGAGCAGGGCUGCAGGCACAGAGCCUCCUGGGGAAGGGACAGGGGACCCUGCCAAAGAUGAGGCUCCAGCUGUCCUGGGGGGAAGGUGGUGACCGUUACUAGAGGGAAGCUGGGUCUUCUCCCCAGGGACUGCCAGCACCCAGGCCAGGAAGCCUGGAACCUUCUGGCUCUGAGGGAUCGAGAGCUGGCAGGUGGCAGGGGAUGGCACAGACAGACAGAAGCAGAAAGGACUGUUUGGCCACUGUGUCUGCUGCACUCAACUCCUCCCCAGAAAGCACCUGCCACCCCAGAUAGCACCUGCCACCUUGAAACUUUCCUAGCAAAAAUAAAAACGAACCCAUUGUCCUCUUAGAAAAUGUACCUUUGGCCUAUCGUGGGGCCCAGAAUGCGACAAGCCAGGCCAGUUGGUUUCCUCCUUGGCCCUCAGGGGACCUUGAGCUACCCCCACCCUGGGGCAGCUACAAAGCAGGGAGGUGGGUAUAGGAGUAACUGAGGCAGAGGCAGGGUUGGGGUGAUUUUUGGCUGUGGGCUUUGAACAACUGGUUUCACCAGAAAUACUAGGUCCUGUGGCCACACCCAGGAUAGGGACCUGUUCCUCAGGGGAGCAUAGUCAGCAGGGACUUCCCAGGGGUGCAGGUGGAGGCUGAGGGGCUGCUCUUGAGACAGUAGGGUGUACAGGAGCUGGGGUCCCUACCCUGCCUGGGGGGUGUCAGUGCCUGAGGCCUGGUCAUCACAUCAUCCUAGCUGUGUGACCCUGGUUCCACACCUGAACCUCUGAGUCUGCACAAGAUGCUGGGAGGUGAGGUUAGCCAAGAUGACCUCCAAGCCCCCUUGUAGCUGUAAACCUGAGACCACACAGAAGAUCCCACCAAGGUGUUUUCUCACCCCAACUGGGAGCAGGGCGGGGCAAAGGAGGCAGGAGGCAAGAUGGCUUCUAGGCUCUACCAGCAAAUUAUCCCGAUGGGAAGGCACUGGGUUUUUUGUUUUUGUGAUGGAGUCUCACUCUGAUGCCCAGGCUGGAGUGCUUAUGACAUAAUCUCAGCUUACUGCAACCUCUGCCUCCCAGGUUCAAAUGAUCCUCCUGCCUCAGUCUCCUGAGUAGCUGGGACAAUAGGUAUGUGCCACCACACCUAGCUAAUUUUUGUAUUUCUUUUUUUCAGUAGAGACGGGGUUUCACCAUGUUGGCCAGGCUGGUCUCACUAAUAGCUGACCUCAAGUGAUCUACCCACCUCAGCCUGUUUUUGUUUUUGAGAUGGGGCCUCACCGUCACCCAAGCAGGAGGCAGUUUUGCGAUCAUGGCUCACUGCAACCUCGACCUCCUGGGCUCAAGUGAUCCUCCCACCUCAGCUUCCCUAGUAGCUGGGACCACAGGCCUGCACCACUGUGCCCAGUUGGGAAGACACUGUUCCUCUGAGAAACAAUUAGGGGUCCUAUUGCUUUUUGGAAACCAUCAACAGGGAAGCCAGUCAUCACUAACCACACAACCCUCAAGAGUCCUAGGGCCUGGGAGGCCUCGGUAUCCAAGGCUAAGCGUUCCUGUGUCAACCCCGGCAGGCCUAGGUUGGAGAGCACUUCAGCUGUCUCAAGGUCUGGUGGGUCCAGGGAGCCUCCAGGCCUCUCCAGCUGCCUUACCAUACCUCAGGGAUGUGGGUACCAGCUAUUUCCAUGACUGAGGCAGGGCUCCUGGCCCACCUCAUAGUUCAGAGGCCCUCUUUUGGGGCCCACUCCCCCUCACCCCAUGUAAACAAGCUACUACU